UAGCGGAAGUGACUUCACGUCCGCCCGGACUGUUGUGUUUGGACGCGGAGCGAGGUGGAGGGAGCGGAGCCCGAGCGAGAGCGGCGGCGGCGAGGCAGCGGCAGAGCAGCUCGGAGCCGGCGUGCGCACCCGCGGCCCUUCGCUCUCCGCGCAGACUUCAAAUCAAAGACGCAGCCAUGAAAGAUCCAAGUCGCAGCAGUACUAGCCCAAGCAUCAUCAAUGAAGAUGUGAUUAUAAAUGGUCAUUCUCAUGAAGAUGACAAUCCCUUUGCGGAGUACAUGUGGAUGGAAAACGAAGAAGAAUUUAACAGGCAGAUUGAAGAGGAAUUGUGGGAAGAAGAAUUUAUUGAGCGCUGUUUCCAAGAGAUGCUGGAAGAAGAGGAGGAGCACGAAUGGUUUAUUCCAGCCCGUGAUCUCCCACAAACGAUGGAUCAAAUCCAGGACCAGUUCAAUGACCUUGUUAUCAGUGACAGCUCAUCACUGGAGGAUCUGGUGGUCAAGAGUAAUCUGAAUCCAAACGCAAAGGAGUUUGUUCCUGGGGUGAAGUACUAAAUAUUUGAGUAGACUGGGCCCUCUUUUGGUGGAUGUAGCACAAUUUCCACACUGUGAAGCCAGUAUUAGAAGAUUUAAUUGUAAAAGCUCUCUUCUUGUCACUGUGUUACACUUAUGCAUUGCCAAAGUUUUGUUAGUCUUGCAUGCUCAAUAAAAGUGCUGAGACUGUUAUUAAGUAAAUCUGUCAAAAGUUUAAUGGAAACAUAAUUGGACCCUGGCUCUUUGCAAAGGAGACAGUGAGGUAAGAAGCACCAGUCAAGUUGAGACAAAGUACCACUUAUAAAAACUUCUGCAGACUCUGUCUUUUUAAUAGGAUUUGGAAUUUGCUAAGGAUGGUCUGUUUUUAGCUAAAGAUGUGUUAACUGGUGCUAGUUUGCACCUGAUAAUGCCUUAACUUUAAAAUGAAAGCAAGGUUAUCUGAUUGUUAUGCAAAUUAGCUAACUUUCCUUUGAAAUAUCAGUAUUGUUACUAAUGUUAAUUUUUCCCCCUUAAAAAAAAAAAAAAACUUCAUGCUGCUCAAAAGCAGCAUGAGCUUUAACAAAAUUUUACAGACCUGUACAGAGUCCUAGAUCUCAGCUACUGAACUAACAUCCAAGUGAUUGGAAGGAAGAAAUUUCCUAUAUUUACAGUAUGUUAUCAUGUUAGAAAUGUUUCACUUCCUAAUUACAUUAAAGGAGAUGUGAGUUUCAUCACAAUUUCUUCCAAGAACCCAGAUACAUAGCACUGUCUAUGUAACUUUUAGUAUACAACUUUAAUAUAGCUGGAUUUAACCAAGAAAACCCUAGCAUUAGUGAUUUGAGUGGUGCUUUUCCCUUGCUUUGUUUAAUCAUCACUACACAAUAGUCUACAGCACAACAACUUUUUUCUUUUAUUAAAGCUAGAACAGUUUUGGCUUCUUAAACUUCAUAUUUGGGUAGGUUAAGCUGCCAUACGUGUUCAGUGUGAAUAGUGUUUAAGUUGAAAAUAUUGUAAAAAAAUUAUAUUUUUUCAAAAAUAUUUAAAAAAAUAAAUAAUAGUAGAACUGA